CUCACUUGUACCCUCCUCCUCUUUUGUUGCUUGCAGAAUACCUGUGUACUGGUGAUCAGCAAUAUGCCUUCUGCUCAUAACAGGUUGCACUCCCCUAUCAAGUGGUCAUCCAAGAACUGACUCGUUACCUUAUCAAGGCGGUAGACAAACAUGUCACAUUCGCACUGAGGAUCUGACCAUGCCCUUACACAGCAAAACUCAAGGAUUCACCCUGCUGCAUCAGAUUCAAGCUUCAGAGUUGGAGAACAUAUCCAGGCCAGCAUUGAAACUGCCCCUUGAAAGACCACUCAGUGAAAUGUACGUGGAGAACAACAGAACAGGGAUUUUCAACUACCCCGAAGGCACGACAUAUGAUUUUGCUGGUGCUCCAGUCUAUAGUUCUGCUAACUUAACUUACGCAGCCAGUUCUGAAAAGUUUGGAUCCAGCAGCCUGGCUGGACUUCAUUCCCUGAACAAUGUGCCGCAAAGCCCAGUAGUGUUUCUACAAACAGGACCACAGCUGUCACCCUUCAUACACCACCAUGGUCAGCAAGUGCCGUACUAUCUGGAAGGUGAACAAGGCUCAUUCGGAGUACGAGAAGCUGCACCCUCCACCUUUUACAGGUCAGGUUCGGAUAGCAGACGACAGAGUGGAAGGGAUCGAAUGUCCUCCGUUAAUGAUAAAGGUCCACCAGCUAUUGAGUCCGGCAAGGAAACCAGAUAUUGUGCAGUAUGCAGUGACUAUGCAUCUGGUUACCACUAUGGUGUAUGGUCCUGUGAAGGAUGCAAGGCCUUCUUCAAAAGAAGCAUACAAGGGCAUAAUGACUAUAUGUGUCCUGCGACCAAUCAGUGCACUAUUGACAAGAACAGGAGAAAAAGCUGCCAAGCCUGUCGACUGCGCAAAUGCUAUGAAGUGGGGAUGAUGAAAGGGGGUAUCAGAAAAGAUCGUCGGGGAGGUCGUUUGAUGAAGAGCAAACGACAAAAAGAAGAGGAGCAGAAAACUGAAGUGGACACAACCGAGAUUAGAACAGCUUCAAUUUGGGUUAACCCCACUGUUAAAAGCAUGAAGCUAAACCCAGUGUUGUCAAUGACUGCAGAGCAGCUAAUCAGUGCCUUAAUGGAGGCUGAACCACCAAUCGUAUAUUCUGAGCAUGACUCAAGCAAACCACUAUGUGAAGCUUCCAUGAUGACCUUGCUUACAAACCUUGCUGAUAAGGAGCUGGUACACAUGAUAAACUGGGCAAAGAAAGUGCCAGGUUUCGUGGACCUAACUCUACAUGAUCAAGUACAUCUUCUAGAAUGUGCUUGGCUCGAGAUCCUAAUGGUUGGUUUAAUUUGGCGCUCCGUGGAACAUCCUGGAAAAUUAUCAUUUGCUCCUAACCUACUAUUAGACCGGAAUGAGGGGCGUUGUGUAGAAGGUUUAGGGGAGAUUUUCGAUAUGCUGGUUACUACAGCAACACGGUUUCGAAUGAUGAGGCUACGUGGGGAGGAAUUCAUGUGUCUUAAAUCUAUCAUUCUUCUUAACUCUGGUGUUUAUACUUUCCUGUCUAGUACUUUAGAAUCUCUAGAAGACACAGACCAAAUACACAUUAUUUUGGACAAAAUAAUAGAUACCUUGGUCCAUUUUAUGGCCAAAACAGGACUGUCACUUCAGCAACAGCAAAGACGAUUGGCUCAGCUGCUUCUCAUCCUUUCGCAUAUACGGCAUAUGAGCAAUAAAGGUAUGGAACACCUGUACAGUAUGAAGUGCAAGAAUGUGGUUCCAUUGUAUGAUUUGUUGCUGGAAAUGCUGGACGCGCAUCACAUGCACACACCAAAAGACAAAUUUGGAGCUCAGGAGGAGGAAAGCCAGAGCCCCGAGACAACCGCACCAACUACUUCGACGUGUGUGCAAUCCUUUUAUGUAAAUCAUGAGGAAGCAAGCUUGCAAAGCACUGUAUGAGAGUCCAUAUUUUGAUUUCAUUUUGAAUUGACCUGACAUGGUCAAGAAAUUCCCAGCAGAAUACUACCUAUAGUAACUAUAGUGGGUGCAUCAUACUAGCUGCAUAAUGCUGCAUAUAUAUAUAUAAACACUCCUGCAUGCAUCUAUUAUGAAAGAUUCCUAGGGCAGGAGUCCAUAUUCAACUUGCUAUUCUUCAGAAUUACAUGAGGAUCCACUGAUGAUGGACCCUUCACACAUCUCCUUCAUGACACCUUCUGUAUGCUGUUGCCUGUAUCAAGCCAUUACAGAGGAACGCAAGCUUAUUUGCCUACGCUUUCAUUUCUGGCCAGGCUUAUAGUGCCAAUAUAGCAUGGGCAAUUACCAAAAUCGUAUUAACUGUAUAGUUCUCACAUGCAAGAUUCAAUAAAUCACCAAGCUUUAACUAUAAAAUUCACAAUUCCACAUUAUGCACAAUAUCAUGUUUUUAACAUAACUAAUUCCCAUUGUUACUCUGUAUAUAUCAAUAAGGUGAUCUUCAUGUGCGUAAUUGAUUUUUGUCUGCAUCCGCCAAAUUACUCGGUUCCUGCCAGUUCUUUAGUUUGCUGACCCAUUUGAUCAGUUUCUCGAUAUGUCCUUGGAGAAUUUUUCAGAAUUGACACAUCUGGAGAUGCUAAUUUGCUGUUGUCUAACCAUCAAGGUUAAUAGGAGUCAUUCAUCUUAUGUGAAGAUACAAAAUAUGUGAUUUAAAUGUUUUACAAUUUCUUUUUUUACCAUUCUACCAGUACCUUCAUGGUAGGCAUCAAUGAUUCCUGGGUCUUUGGAUUGCUCUAAAAAGUAAACCUUUUUUCAGAAAUCAUUUACAUCAUGCAGCGACCAUUAUAACCUGUCUGU